AUGCCUGCAAAUCAACAGCUCUUCGAUUCGGACGCAUCCUCUUUGUCGGACUUGAGCGACUCCUCCGCUUCGUCGGCCUCUCCCCCAAAGAAACCUGCUGCAAGGAAGACCAAGGCCGCAGCAAAAGGAAAACGCGGCGCCACGCACAACAGUAAACCAUCGAUUGGCGCCAGUAGCGAAACGGCAGGAAAGGGAAAGAAAAAUGCGGGAAAAGGUCGCGGGGCCGCCGCAUCAUCGACUAAACCGGGACCAAAGACGAAAACGACGAAAGCCAAAUCGAAGGCAUCCGGCGGCGCCUUGCAUACCGAUGGGCAGCUCUACUGCAUAUGCAGGACUGAGUACGAUGGCAAACAGUUCAUGAUAGCCUGCGAUAGGUGUAUGGAAUGGUAUCAUGGAAAAUGUGUUGGCAUCAAGCCUGCAUCCGCCAAGAAGAAAAAGACGUUCAUCUGUGCCGAAUGC